CCUCUGAGAGGCACACAAAGAACAUUCAGGAAGAAAGGAGGAAUGAUGCUGAAUACAGUGCAGUGAACAAAAGGAGCUUCAAGGAGAGGCGCCCCGCUGCCCAGAGCCUGGACCGUGUCGCCAGAAUGAGAACUUACCGGUACUUCUUGCUACUCUUUUGGGUUGGUCAGCCCUACCCAACUUUCUCGACUCCAUUAUCUAAGAGGACUAGUGGUUUCCCAGCAAAGAGAAGGGCCCUGGAGCUCUCUGGAAACAGCAGGCAUGAGCUGAACCGUUCGAAAAGGAGCUGGAUGUGGAAUCAGUUCUUUCUCCUGGAGGAAUACACGGGAUCCGGUAAUCAGUAUGUGGGCAAGUUACAUUCAGACCAGGAUAAAGGAGAUGGAUCACUUAAAUAUAUCCUUUCAGGAGAUGGAGCAGGAGAUCUCUUCAUUAUCAAUGAAAACACAGGGGAUAUACAAGCCACCAGAAGGUUAGACAGGGAAGAAAAACCUACUUACAUCCUUCGAGCUCAAGCUGUAAACAAAAAGACAGGGAUUCCUGUAGAGCCCGAGUCUGAAUUCGUCAUCAAGAUCCAUGAUAUCAACGACAACGAACCAAUCUUCACCAAGGAGGUCUACACAGCCACCGUUCCAGAAAUGUCUGACGUGGGUACAGUUGUUGUCCAAGUCACUGCCACUGAUGCUGAUGACCCAACGUAUGGGAACAGUGCUAAAGUUGUCUACAGCAUCCUGCAGGGGCAGCCCUAUUUCUCAGUUGAAUCGGAAACAGGUAUCAUCAAGACAGCUUUGUUCAACAUGGAUCGAGAAAACAAGGAGCAGUACCAAGUGGUGAUUCAAGCCAAGGACAUGGCCGGCCAGAUGGGGGGAUUAUCUGGGACCACCACAGUGAACAUCACACUGACCGAUGUCAACGACAAUCCUCCCCGGUUUCCCCAGAGUACAUACCAGUUUACCACCCCUGAGUCUUCUCCACCGGGUACAUCAAUUGGCAGGAUCAAAGCCACCGACGCCGACGUGGGAGAAAAUGCUGCGAUUCAGUACAGCAUCACCGAGGGGGAGGGGCUGGACAUGUUUGAUGUCAUCACUGACCAGGACACCCAGGAAGGGAUUAUCACUGUCAAAAAGCUGCUGGACUUUGAAAAGAAGAAAGUGUACACCCUCAAAGUGGAAGCCUCCAACCCUCACGUUGAACCCCGCUUUCUCUACCUGGGUCCAUUCAAAGACUCAGCCACGGUGAGAAUUAUGGUGGAAGAUGUAGAUGAGCCACCCGUCUUUAGCAAACUAGCCUACACCUUGCAAAUAAGAGAAGACGCUCAGAUAAACACGGCAAUAGGCUCGGUCACAGCCCAAGACCCAGAUGCUGCCCGGAACCCUGUCAGGUAUUCUGUUGAUCGACACACAGAUCUGGACAGAAUAUUCAACAUUCAUUCUGGAAAUGGUUCCGUUUUUACAUCGAAACUUCUUGACCGAGAAACAUUGCUAUGGCACAACAUUACAGUGAUAGCAACGGAGAUCAAUAAUCCAAAGCAGAGCAGCCGAGUACCUCUCUAUAUUAAAGUUCUAGAUGUCAAUGACAACGCCCCAGAAUUUGCUGAAUUCUAUGAAACCUUUGUCUGUGAAAAGGCAAAAGCAGAUCAGUUGAUUCAGACUCUCCGAGCUGUUGACAAGGAUGACCCUCAGAGCGGGCACCAAUUCUCCUUCUAUUUGGCCCCGGAAGCAGCCAGUGGCUCCAACUUUACCAUCCAUGACAAUAAAGACAACACAGCGGGAAUCUUAACGCGGAAAAAUGGCUACAAUAGACACGAGAUGAGCACCUAUCUCCUGCCUGUGGUCAUUUCAGACAAUGACCACCCAGUGCAAAGCAGCACGGGGACAGUGACUGUCCGGGUCUGUGCAUGUGACCACCAUGGGAACAUGCAGUCCUGCCACGCGGAGGCCCUCGUCCACCCCACGGGCCUGAGCACGGGGGCUCUGGUGGCCAUCCUGCUGUGCAUCGUGAUCCUACUAGUGACCGUGGCGCUGUUCGCAGCUCUGCGGCGGCAGCGGAAAAAGGAGCCUCUGAUCAUUUCCAAAGAGGACAUCAGGGACAAUGUUGUCAGUUACAACGACGAGGGGGGCGGCGAGGAGGACACCCAGGCCUUUGACAUCGGCACCCUGCGGAACCCCGAGGCCAUCGAGGACAGCAAAUUGCGCCGGGACAUUGUGCCCGAAGCCCUUUUCCUACCCCGACGGACUCCGGCCGCCCGGGACAACACCGACGUCCGCGAUUUCAUUAACCAAAGGCUGAAGGAAAAUGACACGGACCCCACGGCCCCGCCCUACGACUCCCUGGCCACCUACGCCUACGAGGGCACCGGCUCGGUGGCCGACUCCCUGAGCUCGCUGGAGUCGGUGACCACGGAUGGAGACCAGGACUACGAUUACCUUAGUGACUGGGGCCCUCGCUUCAAGAAGCUCGCAGACCUGUACGGAGGGGCCGACAGCGACAAGGACUCCUAAUCCGUUGCCUUUCCCUUUGGACGGUAGGAUGCUCAACGGUGAGACCUGGCUGUUUCUUCCCAGGGACCCGCUGCUCCCUGGAGGGUGCCCUGUCCCGCCCGGUUCAACAAGUCCAUGGCUGCAGGCGUGUGGCUCCGAUGGCAGAGACCCUUUUCUAGUACACUUUUAUGAGCUUCCAAGAGGCAAAUGUUUAUUUUUUAGUGCAUCCAGUUAACCACGUCGGCCCCGCAGGCACCGUGCUGGAGGAGAGGAUGGAGAGCAGGACGUGCCCCCGCGCCCCUGGGGGAAGUUUGGACCACGUUCAUCCCACCGGCCUGGCCUUCUGUACUCCACCCAUCGACUCAGGUCAGCUGACUGCUCUGACUCCACCUUUCGAUGCUAACGGGAUGAAGGACUGUUCUUUAAGGAUAAAAUAUAGUUUUAGUAAAAGAAAUAAGGGAGGAACGACCGUGAAGUUGUUCCCGGUAUAUCAGCUCACAAGGAGACAACGAACUAUAUAUAUAUGGGUGUGUAUUUCUGUCGCAAUGAAUUUAAGAUGACAUUUGCCCAUCCUGUUUGUUCUUCAAGAACUUUUUCUGACACCUGUGACUAUUCUAAGCAUGAUAUCCACCAAUGUUUUGAGAUUCUCAUUCCUCUGAAGGAAUAGGAGCAAAUUAAAUAGCGACAUUCAAAAACAACCAAAAAAAAUAAAAAUAAGUAAGACCUCAUUCCUUACCACUAACUCAUAAUUUGUUAUAUAUUAGCCAUGUAAAAGUUUGCCCUUGUACCAUAGAAGGGAAAAUUGAAAAUAGCUAAUAAUAUUAACAAAGGAGAUAUUUAGCAUAUUUUAAAAUCUGGGCCACCAAAUGUACCACAGAUCACUUGAAUUUUUUCCAACCGUCAGUAGGUUAAUUACA